CAUCAUUCUGUUCCGGCUGCCUCCUGUGGCUAUAGAAGAGUGAUAAGAACUGGAGGAGAACAGUCCUCUACCUCUCUCUCAACUCCACUGCGAUUCUUCGAACCCCAGGGGAGGAACAGGUGCGCUCUCAUGGCUCAGAUUCCUAAUCUCGACAAUGCCCCGAUCAAUCUCGCUUCCCUCAGGGACCAAUCGCAGAAGGAGCUCCUCAACAUUCUCAGGAAG